GGAGCACCGUCUACAAAUGCGAGUCAUUUGGUGCAGGGCUGAUCUCUCUAGAGCUGAGCCCGACAGCUUGCUGAGUUUUACUAGCGGCACUAUUGACCAACUCGAGCCCCUUAACUAGGUAUUGCCGGGAGGAGUUCGACGGGUGGUCUCCAGCACAGAUUCACGGCGCUUGACUGACAGUCUGACUGCUGGCGCACAGAUACCAGAGGGUCUAUAUUUAAUUCUCUGCUGGCUGAUGGGGGGGAUGCCGCUGUGCUCCUCCGAUGAAACAGUUUCUCUUCCACUCUGCUUCAUCUCGGGGCUAACCAACUGGCGGCCUGGCCAAUUGUGUGCCUGUGCCAAUCUAACCACGGCCACGAAUGGGUGCGCUAGUCAACCUUGUCUCAAUUUCCCCCCCAUAAUCUGCGGAAUGGCACCAAGCAACAUGAAAAUCAGUUGUUCUGGAAAUCAUCGCUCCCUCUUGUUCAUGUUUAUGUGAUGACUAUUAAUUCGCUAUUUUUAUUGAUGCAUCUAGUAUUACAUACAUACCCUCUCUAACUAGCGCUGAUUGAGCUUUGACAAACAGCCUGGUCCGGUCUCUGGCGCGCUGAUGUGCUGGAUGUACUGUACAUAGCAUCUCUGCCGCUUGCGUGGAUUUCCCCCCUCUCCCACUGGCCUCCUGAUUGUGCAUCUCGUAUUAUUGGAUUGUGGUCGUCGCUUUUGGGAACAUCAUUCGUCCCUCCAUGUCUCUCUGAUCCUCUGGACUUGAGUAUACGAUACUUCCCACUUCCAAUCCCUUCUCGCGUCGCGUGGCCCGCACCCGGGCCCCCCAGGGCUCGGAUUACCAUAUUUUUUUUUUUUGAGUCGAGGUUACACCUGAGGACGCAGCAAACUCAGGGCUUCUAGGACCUAUUUCGAGUGUGAAACGCAACGUUCUCUCUAGUCGCUCGUUUCAGCCUUGCAUGACCAAUUGACCUUCGAGUUAAGAACGUUCGGCCUGUAGAUUCAUCCACCGCUCCGGCUCUACUCGCAUGAUUGAGACCGCGAUCGAUUUAGCGCGCCCUUUCUUUUCCUCUAUCCUCAUUUUGCCGAAAACUCUGUCAAUAAUUCCGAUAAUCGCGUGAUUGAAAUGAUCGAAAAAGGCCAGUUAGAGUCGCCAACGGCUGCUGACUACCUCGAGGAUCCUGAUGACAUCCCAAUUCCCUGCAAGGGCUGUGGUGAGAUUCUUGAGGAAGGAAAAGCCUUUGAACUAGCCGGCAACCGUUGGCAUAUCGACUGCUUCCGCUGUCAUACCUGCGGCACUUACCUCGAUUCCGACGCGAAUCUUCUCCUUCUUGGCGAUGGCUCCCUUAUUUGCAACAACUGUACCUACAGCUGCAGUUCUUGCGGCAGUAAAAUUGAGGAUCUCGCUAUUCUUACUGGAGAUCAAGCUUUUUGUGCAAACUGCUUCAAGUGUCGCAACUGCAAGCGAAAGAUCGAAAAUCUUCGCUACGCGCGGACCUCACAGGGAAUUUUCUGCAUGGACUGCCACGAAUCAUUGAUGGCCCGACGUAGGAAGCGCUCUGCGAGAAACGCGACCCAACGCCAAAAGCAUCCUAGUUCUGCAAUGCACCUAGAUAAAUCUUUACCCUCGCUUCCUCCAGAACAUGAAAGUCGUCUUCCACCUACUGAAUACGUUGAACUCCCAGCUGAUGUACCUUCGCGAUCUGGAGUUGACGAGCGUCAAAACCAGGAUAACUCAGCAUGGUCUCAAUCUCAGCAAGAUAAUCUUAUUCUACCAGCCAGCACCUAUAAUAGCAAGCGUCAUUCUGUAGGUUCCCAGAAAUCAGACGGAUCUGCUGGCGAAGAAUUCCUCAUCCCUGUUGCAUUUGACCCUACGCCAUCGGACCACACAUCGUCACGAAUCACUUCUCCAGACACGUCAAAAUCCGCCGAUGAGAGAUCCCGUGAUUAUUAUCCCCGUAGUACAUCCUUGGAGUCACCAUCAAAAUCGUCGUAUGAGCAACGCCCACCACCGGGUUCCAGAGGUUCAGGCUCCGUAUCAGAUCGACAGCAGGCACCAUAUCAAGAAAGACGUUCUGAGGAAGCCCCUUCAGGGGUUAGACGUCAAGAUGGUGCGAGGCAUUCGAUGGUACCGUCGACAUCUGAUGCUAGCCAGUUGACAAGACGAAGCCAGGAUAGUAACGGACCACGGAGUUCUGAUAGAGAGAAGUUUCAACUUAGCGAGGCCCCUAAAUCAAAGAAAUCUAGUGGAGAGAGCACACCUCGCAGCAGCAAUGAAUCCACAAUUAAAGAUCCCGAGAGUGCAGGGUCGAAACGCAAGGAGAGGAAAUCCAUCGAAAACUCCCGCUCCACGAACCCUGCUACGCCGGGACAGAUGCAACAUCCACCCAAACGUGGCGAUUCUCUUGAGAGUAAACUCCAUCACACUCUGCCCAGGAAAGGGAUUGAAAGCACUAAAAGCAACCAUGCACAUUCCAAAACCGACAAAGAUUCAGUCACAGGGGUUGAUGGCAAUAAGAGUGAUGGGAAGACUGCUAGGAAACCCGAUCUUAAACCCUCUGUCGAUGAUUCAACUCCAGUUGCUUCACCGCGCCCACACACCUCGGGUAAUAGCACCUUGAAAGACCAAGCAAGCACGCCUCAGUCACUAGACAGAAGGUUGAAUCAUGACCGAAAUGAAUCUUUAAGUGCUCUUCAGUCGACAUCACGCCGCGCGGAAUCUUCCCCGUCACUACCGCGUUAUAGUGCCGGAGGUGAUUUCUCCCUUGAAGAGGACAUGGCUCGAAUCAUGGGUGACGAGAAUCAAAACCACGAAUCCUUCCUUCGACGCGUCUCAAACUCCGUUCGUCAUGGCAGGAGUUUUAGUGAAAAGGGCUCUCGUCUUUCUAAAGAAUUGAAGUGGCCUAAAUCUCCUUCGACUGGAAGUACCUUCGCACAAGAUAUUAGUAGCCCGAGUACUAGUUCACCUGAGGCUCGUGAAGAACUCAACUGGUUCAAGAACGAGCUUCGCAGAGAACGACAGAAAAUAAUCGAGAAAGACCAGAAAAUAGCGGAAUUGGAAGCUGCUCUUAACGCCACGGCGAAUAUUAAGGAGGUAAAUACCGAGCUACGCGAGAAACGAUCUACAAUGGUCUUCCUGGAUGCACAAAAGGAGAUCGUAUUGCGCGAACUUGAAGUAUUGAGAGAACAUAUUGCAACAGAGAAACAGAGCAAUGCCCCGCUGGACCUAGGAAAAGUGAGUAAUGCGGUUCUACGCGAUCUAGCUGAAGCACUUCGGCGUUUGAAAGAAUCGUUCAUGCCUCAAAUCGAAGAGUUGAUCCAGAAGCGGAAUGAUCUUGUUGAGGAAUUGGGAAAUCUUGGUCGAAUGAAAGAUAAGAGUUUCCAGGAGUUUGAGCAGCUGUCGCUCAAGAACGCCCAGUUGGCGGAGCUCAACAACCAGCUUGUACACCAAAUCCAAGAGCUUUACAAAGCCAAUUCAAAUUCUACGGACAGUAACCGCCAAGCACCCAAUGGGUUAGGUAUCUACCAUCACAAAGAUAAAUCGACCGCUUCCGUGGAGCGAGACUUGCGUUCUAUAACGAAUGAGCCGUCUCCAGGAAUAGUCCAACCGGAGGAAGCCGAACCAAUCACGGUCGUCCAAGGUCCCCAAGUGGUGAGCAUCAGAAAAGGUCAGCCGAAGAAAUUUAAUUGGAAAAGAGGUGGACAGAACGUCGCGAAGGGUGUCACCAAGGGUUUGAAAGGUGCAUUCUUAUACGGUGAGGGCAAAUCGCAACGAGAGGGUGCUCAAUUCACAGAAACGGCCCCAUAUGGAAGCAUUCCUCCGACCAGCGACAACAACUCCGGACCUCAGCGCGCUCAGACUCAAGACCCGUCCCGCCAGGGCUUUGGGUUUUUCGGAAACCAAAAGACCAAAACCUCUCAAUGGAAGCCACCAGCCAAUGGCAGCUCUUCAGUGCUCAACGAGGGUUCUAUUGGACUAUUCGGCUCCGACUUAGAACAAAGACUGGAGGUUGAAAGGGGUGUCAUUCCUAGCAUCGUCACGCGUUGUAUUGAAGAAGUCGAACUACGAGGAAUGGAUGUCGAGGGUAUAUAUCGCAAAUCAGGUGGCAGCUCACAGGUUCAGAUGGUCCGUGACGGUUUUGAGCGCAGCCGCGACUUUGAUAUUUCCGACCCAGAUCUUGACAUCCAUGCCGUCACAUCUGCUCUGAAGCAGUACUUCCGAAUGCUUCCUACGCCUCUUAUCACCUAUGAUGUAUACGAUAUGCUUCUCGAUGCAAACAAUAUCACGCCAGCUUCCUCACGCAUUGAUGUCAUGCAACAUGGACUCCAAGAACUGCCUCGAGUACAUAGAGAUGUGUUGGAAUUCCUUGUCUUCCACCUUAAGCGCGUUGUGGACCGAGAAAGGGAGAAUCUGAUGACCAGCCUUAAUAUUGCUGUCGUGUUCGCUCCUACGAUCAUGCGCCCUGAGAGUCUGAGUCGCGAGAUGACCGAUGUCCAGAAAAAGAACGAAACUCUUCAGUUCCUGGUGGAUAACUGCCAAGACAUAUUCAUGGGCAUGCCAGAGUAGUUUUCUACAACUACUCGUAAAUUCUUUGUUUCUAGUUACUUCGACAAAUGAGCUCCUUGUUCAGCCCGUUAUGCUAAUUCGAGUACUUGUCUUUUGCAAUUUUUUACGGCUCGUGUCAGAGUUUUGUUAACGCUUUUACGUCUAUUUCUUAUUGCCCUUGUUGAUAACCUGCGAGGAAAGCAGAACAUAACGCUGCUGGUCAGAUACCCUCUGUUUUUGAAGCCUAUUUUCUCAGUUUUGCUUCUUGAGACGGUUAUGAAAUGCCCCCAGGUGUGAGUGUUGGCUGAAUUUUCCUCAUGCCACGGUUACCCCUUUCCCUCGCCCCCUUCUUUUUUGAAACCACAUGUUUGAGUGGCAGCGACACUUCUAUUCCCGAAUACUGCAUACGGAGAACUUCGAAAAUUAUCUUCGUGCUGUCCCUUAAGAAGUCUUUUCACCUGCUACACCUGUCCAUAGGCCAGAUAUAUUAUUGUAUGUAUGUAUGCGUGUACUGUAUGGAUAUGCUGCGGUUAAUAGACGCUUAAAUCAUCUCUCAGG